AUGUCCGUCCCAUCCUCGUCCAAGUCCGCCUCGGCGUCCGCGACCAGGAGGUUACACGCCACGGCCCGGCACCUCAACGCCGCGCUGGCCUCCACGGCGACCAGCUACCCGACAACGCACGAGCGCAUCGCCAAGGUCGAGGACACGCCCUACUUCAUCGACAACAAGUUCGUCCCCUCCGCCACCAAGCAGUUCAUCGACCUGUACGACCCCGCCACCAACAACCUCGUCACCCGCGUGCCCCAGAGCACCGACGAGGAGCUCCGGGCCGCCGUCGCCUCCGCCGAGAAGGCCUUCCCCGCGUGGCGUGCCACCAGCGUGCUCGCCCGCCAGCAGAUCAUGUUCAAGUUCGUGUCCCUGAUCCGCGAGAACUGGGACCGUCUGGCCGCCAGCAUCACCCUCGAGCAGGGCAAGACCUUUGCCGAUGCCAAGGGCGAUGUCCUCCGUGGUCUUCAGGUCGCCGAGGCGGCGUGCGGUGCCCCCGAGCUGCUGAAGGGCGAGGUGCUCGAGGUGGCCAAGGAUAUGGAGACGAGGUCUUACCGGGAGCCGCUUGGUGUGGUUGCGGCUAUCUGCCCAUUCAACUUCCCCGCUAUGAUUCCCCUUUGGUCUAUUCCCAUUGCUACCGUGACCGGCAACACCCUGAUCCUGAAGCCUUCUGAGAGGGAUCCUGGUGCUGCCAUGAUCCUCGCGGAGCUCACUCAGAAGGCAGGCUUCCCUGAUGGCGUUGUUAACAUCGUCCACGGUGCCCACCGUACCGUUGACUUCAUCCUCGACGAGCCGACUAUCAAGGCUGUCUCUUUCGUCGGUGGUAAUAAGGCCGGCGAGUACAUCUUUAGCCGAGGCUCAGCCAACGGCAAGCGUGUACAGGCCAACCUUGGGGCUAAGAACCACGCUGCCGUCCUACCGGACUGCAAUAAGAACCACUUCUUGAACGCUGUUGUUGGUGCCGCCUUUGGCGCCGCUGGGCAGCGAUGCAUGGCUCUCUCUACCCUAGUAAUGGUUGGAGAGACCAAGGAGUGGCUGCCGGAGCUGGCUGAGCGAGCCAAGGGACUGUCAGUGAACGGCGGCUUUGAGCAGGGUGCAGACCUUGGCCCCGUCAUUUCCCCCCACAGCAAGGAGCGCAUCGAGUCACUUAUCAAGAGCGCUGAGGAAGAGGGCGCCCAGAUCCUCCUCGACGGCCGCGGCUUCAAGCCCGAGAAGUACCCCAACGGCAACUGGGUCGGCCCGACCAUCAUCACCAACGUGACCAAGGACAUGAAGUGCUACAAGGAGGAGAUCUUCGGACCCGUGCUGGUGUGCCUGAACGUCGACACGCUCGACGACGCGGUCGAGCUGAUCAACGCCAACGAGUACGGCAACGGCGUGGCCAUCUUCACGCGCUCCGGCCCCACCGCCGAGACCUUCCGCCGCAACAUCGAGGCCGGCCAGGUCGGCAUCAACGUGCCCAUCCCCGUGCCCCUGCCCAUGUUCUCCUUCACCGGCAACAAGAAGAGCAUCGCCGGCGGCGGCGCCAGCACCUUCUACGGCCGCCCCGGCAUCAACUUCUACACCCAGCAGAAGACGGUCACGGCGCUGUGGCAGAGCGCGGACGCCAUCAGCACCAAGGCGGACGUGGCGAUGCCGACUCACAGCUAG